GAAAGGUACAAAAAGAAGAAAGAUGGAAAUCAAAGUUGUGGUUUGUAAAAGGACUAUUAUAUACAUUUUUGGGUUUACGUUCUGAUAAUAUACCCCUCCCCUCUGGAACCAUGGUCUAGUGGUCCAAAUGCUCAUCGGUUCUUGUUGCUAUAUUGGUUUCCUUUCUCUUAUAAAAAUUGCUCGUCAGUUCUUGUUCAUAGAAGAAGAUACAGGGGUCAACUUAUGUAUAUGCUGACAGAUAUCUUUAGUUUGCAUCAUUGUAUUUACGUCCUCAGAAGAUAUGAUCUCUUGUUUUUGCAGAUGAAAGCUUGGGCAAAAGCUCAGAAUAUUAAUAGCUCAAGAGACAAAACUUUAAACUCAUUAUCUAUAAUACUUUUGGUUGCUUUUCAUUUACAGACACGAAAUCCUCCAAUACUACCGCCAUUUUCUGCCAUAUUAAAAGAUGGCUCUGAUCCUGAUUCAGUGGAAAAGUCGUUGAAUAAGUUUGUGAACUAUGGGAAGAGCAACAAAGAGUCGGUGGCUGAGCUGCUAGUUACUUUAAUAAUCAAGUUAUUGUCGGUCGAGAAACUAUGGGACAAAGGACUAUGUGCAAGCACCUAUGAAGCAUCUUGGCUAUCUAAAACAUGGGAUUCUAAAGUUUGCUGCAUCAGUGUUGAGGAUUUCACGGAUCAAUCUCAAAAUGUCGCAAGGGCUGUUGGGAAAGGAGAAGUAAAGCAGAUAUACAAGUGUAUCCAGCGUACAAGCGAAUACAUCUCUGCUUAUAUGGAUGGCCUCGUCGAACUACCAGCAUUAAGAUAUCAAUUAUUCCGCCAUGCUGCUGCUCCCUUUCAAGUGGAUUCUCAGACAAGUAACAUUGAAGAAAAUGGAAAUAGCAUCACAAUUCCUUGUAGAGAUAUCAAGAAUAAGGAGGAUCAAAGUACAGAAGGCCAGAAAGAAAGUCAGGAGGCUAUACCUUCAGAAACUAUCACGACUAAAAGGAAAUGGUCUACCGAAGGUUGGGAAGGAUUAGCUUCUAAACCUAUCACGGCCAAAAAGAAAUGGUCUAGCGAAGGUUGGAAAGAAUUACCUUCUGAACCUAUCACAGCCAAAAAGAAAUGGUCUACCGAAGGUUGGGAAGGAUUAGCUUCUAAACCUAUCACGACCAAGAGGAAAUGGUCUACCGAAGGUUGGGAAGGAUUAGCUUCUAAACCUAUCACGGCCAAGAAGAAAUGGUCUAGCGAAGAUUGGGAAGGAUUAGCUUCUAAACCUAUCACGACCAAGAGGAAAUGGUCUGCUGAGGGUUGGGAAGGAUUCGCUUCUAAACCUACCACAACCAAGAGGAAAUGGUCUAGUGAAGGUUGGGAAAGAUUACCUUCAGUGAGUUGGGGACGGUCAAAGGAGGACGGUGUAACACCUGACUCUCUCUGGACAAAAAGAAAAACAUUAGAAGAAACCACAGGAGGAACUUCUUCUGCUCAAUGGUUGAUAAAAUCAGACACUAAACAUUGGUUCGCAAGAAAGAACAAUAAGUGUGCACCUAAGGCUAAGUUGUCAAACACGCAGACACGAGGUUGGGGAGGAAGACGAUGAACCAUUUGAUUCGACGGCUUUGGCUUCUGGUUGGUUGAAUAGCUAGCUAGCUUUGCCUGGUUAUCAUUCAUACCAACUUCUUUGAUUUGUCCUCGUUCAUACGCCAGAAGUAUUUUGCGCGUAUGUAGUUGAAUCAUCUGCCCAUCAACUUUUACAUUCUUGCUAGGACUUAGGAGUAUCUUGUAUGAGCUAGGACCCCCUUGUUAUCCUCUUGUUUUGUACCGGUUUUGUUAGGACAUUUUUGUACAGGCAAUGACCUAACAAAAUGGAGUAUUUAACUGCUCAAUGUACAUUAAUUCUAUGUACCUAAGGAGCAUCAAGGAAUGCAAGUGUAACAACAACUAUGAUGUAAUCCUUAGAUGAUUUCUUUCCAUCCUUCUAUGUCA